AUGCCGCAAAUGCGCGAAAGUUAUUUGGGCGUACCAGACUCGUUUCAUGUGGCGGCAAGUGCCGAUGACGAUCUUACUGAGCUACUAACCAUGGAUCCAUAUUCCGUAAUGGUGCAAGCAAAUGAUCCAGCAUUUGUUGAAUGCAUUCCGGAGCAGUGUGAUGUUGACUUCUUUGUGUCAGGACUGGAUUUCGAAUUGCCAGACGAGUUCAUAGAAGGAUUAGGCCAGGAACCACUAAAUCCCGUUCAAAAAUUUUUUAACGAACGCGCUGUGCCAGAGACCUCUAGAACAUUUCCCAGCGAUUACAUAUCGCAGUCAGAGAAUUUCAUUAAUCAUAUUUACAACUAUGGUAAAAAUCUUGCUCCACAGCCGCAC